AAGUAUUCGAAAUUGGGUCAUAUCAGUAGACUUCCGCAUGACUCCAUAUACCCAGAUUCAGCCUGGGGCUGGGCUGGGUCUGAUUUCCGAUUGUGAUGGAAGUACAAACUACUCCUGUACAGCUAUAAAAGAAGACAGCUUGUUCUGAACUCGAGCAGAAGAGAGAUGGAGAUCAAACAAGGAAUCAUCACACCAUCAUCUCACUAAAACAUCCCAUCCAUCAACCUUCAUCCAACCAUGGGCAGAACCUCCGGCAAAGAAGUAACCAACCGCAACCAAGUGCGAGCGGAUAUCGCAGCCGGCGGGUGGGAAGUCGUCUGGGGCGAUCUCAUCAACGAAGGCGACGUCCUUACCUUUCUCAUCUCCAUUCCCACAGGAAGUGUCGCAGGCUGGGUUACCCAGCAGGUCCAGGCUCAGCUGGCGAAGUUCUCCCAGAGUCUGGGCGAUGUCUCGGAUGAUGUUGUUGCGCAGGCGACUACUUAUCUGGAGAAUCUGAUGAAGGGACGCGGUUCUGGUGAAGCCGAUAUCAAUGGGCUGGGGGUCAAGGGUGGCUUCGCUACCUAUAGCCGCCAUAUGGAGUAUUAUCUCUGGGGGAGGAAAGUUGGCAGCCAUGCUCUGCCUAAUAACCAUCAACCAUAUAUUGCUUUGCGCGUUACCAAGCCUUUGCCUCCGAAGUGAUAUAGGCCGGACAAGCUGAAGACUGGCUCACGCCGUCUGGCAGGAAUAAACAGAUGGCCAGACCGCGAAUGAAGAUGAUCUAUUUCCAAUUUGGUGGUUAACAGUCAUUGUCGAUUCAUUUGUCAAGGUGAUGGAAAGAUUCUUCUACAUGACCCGGAAGCAUACUUGUCUCUCCGGGUAAUAAUAUGUUGAAAAGUCUUUUCUGUGUUGAUAAUGAUGUACUGUAUCAAACUAAUUCACAUGUCAUAAUAUAC